AUUCCAAAAUUCCCAGUGAAGGCUGUGAAGCUGACAGCUUAUUCAGUUCUUUAUUACAUCUUCUUCAUCGAGUUCAUAGAAGAACAGAUCCAACCCUCUUUUCUUCUGAUUUCGAAAUCUCCAAAAAUGUCAUCAACCCAGCAACCAUCAUCAUCUUCAUCAUCAAAAAAGCAAACCCUUUUCAUAUAUUCACUCAUAAUCCUAUGGUACUCCUCAAACAUCGGAGUCCUCCUCUUGAACAAGUACUUGCUUUCCAACUACGGUUUCAGAUUCCCAAUAUUCUUAACAAUGUGUCAUAUGUCAGCUUGUGCUUUCUUCAGCUAUAUCUCCAUUGUCUUCAUCAGGCUCGUCCCUCUCCAACCGAUCAAAUCCAGGCCUCAGUUCCUAAAGAUUGCAACUUUGAGUGUCGUCUUUUGUUGUUCGGUCGUCGGAGGCAACGUUUCUUUGAGGUAUCUCCCGGUUUCAUUCAACCAGGGUGUCGGUGCCACGACGCCAUUUUUCACUGCCUUGUUUGCAUACUUGAUGACUUUCAAGAGGGAGGCUUGGGUUACUUAUGCUGCUCUUGUGCCUGUUGUUGCUGGGCUUGUCAUUGCCAGUGGGGAACCGGGUUUUCACUGGUUUGGAUUCAUUAUGUGCAUAAGUGCAACUGCUGCAAGGGCCUUCAAAUCAGUUCUUCAGUUCUUCAGGGGAUUCUGCUUUCUUCAGAAGGAAUCAGUCUCUAUAAUUAAUCGACCUUUACCACAGCACUCUGAUUCCACAAACAAAGCUAAACCAACUUGA